UAUAUAUAAAAGCAAAACAAAGCUCGUAAGUGUAAACUCUCUCACCAAGUUCUCUCUCUGCGCCUAUCUCUUCGAUUUGCACAGAGGGAACAAGAAAAUGGCUACGCCGGCGGUACAGGCAGGUCCCGGCGGCGGCGGAGGAGGAGAAGUAGCGGCAGCUCCAAGACCAGGACAACAACAACAGCAACAGGGAGGUUUCGGUCAGUCUCUUACUGGAAUCAUUAGGAUCGCCGUCUUCUGGUAUUUCGCUUCUAAAUUCUUCGCCCCCAAGAAGCCCUCUGAUCCUGCUAUUCUCAUGUCCAAUCACUUUCAGAAGGGUGAACCCUUGGAUAUGUGGCUGUAUCUUUCUGAGCAUGAAAGGUUUGAUGACUUUGGAAAUGAAGGUGCGCUUGUCUGGCAUGAGAAUGGUAUACCUUAUGCUGUAUGGGGACCAGAAAGUACCAGAUCUCUUUCAUUCAAGUAUUAUCCAUCUGAGGCUUUGAAACAAAAUGGAUCUUUGUAUGCACAUGUCUUCUUUGCACGGUCAGGAUACACUCCAGACCCCAGUGACCCAGAGUUUCAGCCUCUUGCUACAUUUGGGAGGACACAUCCUGUUGUGCUGUAUUUGCCCAAGUCAAAAGCGGGUAAAAGGAGGAGUUUAUUGGGUAAUACUGAAGGUUCUGAUACUGGUGAAAUUCUGAAAGAGGUUGUUGAUGAUAACCAAGUUGAUGUGAAAGAUGACGGUCCUGUGGAGUGGGUUUCCUAUUGGAAACCUAAUGUUACUAUUAAUCUAGUUGAUGAUUUUACACGAUAUGCUCAUAAUGGCGUUCCACCAAAUAUUGCUCCUUACUUGAAUGUUGAGCCCACUACAGGAAACUACUAUCCAACCAUUUUCUUCAACGAGUUUUGGCUACUUAGGGAUAAGUUAGUUCGACUCAACGAGACAGUAAAUGAGCUGGUACUUAAUCUAGAAGUGGCUCCUAUAAGCAUGAUGAAGUGGCAGUUAUUCCUCCAAAUUGAUCAGUCCUUCCAGAUUCACCGUAGCUAUGGAAGCAUGAUUGAAGGUGAGGCUGACGAAUUGAAGAGGGUGUUCUUGGAAGGAAAUCCCUAUCUCCUGGCAGUUACUAUGGUUGUCUCGUUACUUCAUUCAGUUUUUGACAUGCUUGCCUUCAAGAAUGAUAUCCAAUUUUGGAACAAAAAUAAGUCUAUGGAAGGACUCUCUGCUAAGUCUGUCAUUGUCAGCUUUAUAUCUCAACUGAUUGUCUUCCUGUAUCUACUUGAUAAUGAUACUUCGUGGAUGAUACUUGCAAGUUCUGGCAUUGGUUGCUGCAUCGAGUUCUGGAAAAUAGGAAAAGCUAUGCAUAUUGAGAUUGAUAGGAGUGGAAGAAUACCUAGGUUGAGAUUUCGCGAUCGUGAGUCAUAUGCAGGAAAUAAGACGAAGGAGUAUGAUGAUCUUGCAAUGAAGUAUUUGUCCUAUGUUCUUUUUUUCCUUGUUGCUUGCUCAUCUGUUUAUUCGCUCAUGUAUGAACAACAUAAGAGCUGGUAUUCAUGGAUUCUUUCUUCACUUACAAGCUGCGUAUACAUGUUCGGCUUCAUUAUGAUGUGCCCACAGUUGUUCAUAAAUUACAAGCUCAAGUCUGUGGCUCAUCUACCCUGGAGACAGAUGACAUACAAGUUCCUUAAUACCAUCAUUGACGACUUGUUUGCUUUUGUCAUCAAAAUGCCAACUCUACACCGACUUUCAGUGUUUCGAGAUGAUGUCAUAUUUCUUAUCAUUCUAUAUCAGAGAUGGAUUUACCCGGUCGACAGGAAACGUAUAAAUGAAUUUGGUUUUGGCGGUGAAGAAAAUCAAGAAACUGAGACAACAAGUGCGAAUGCCAUAAAAGAAGACGACAAGAAAACUAACUAACUGCAUAAUGUUAGGGUCUUUAGAAUGUAUAAUUCAAACACGAAUUUUAUUUUUAAGAAUUUUUUUUUUCUGAUUGCCAGGCUUCAAGAUAUAAAGGAUUCUACAUGUUUUUUUUUUUUUUUUUUUGACCUUCUGCUUCCUUUAUUGAAUUUGAUUUAUAUUUAUUAUGCGUUAUUGUUUUCCCCUAAAAUGAUUUUGUAGGAUAUCAUCUCUCUAUGUGUGUCAAAACAAAAUCAUGAAAUCUGCGUCUGAUGUUCACUCUAUCUACACACUGUUUUUAAA